GAGAAAGAAAAAGAGCGGAAAAUGAAGAAGGUAAAAUUAGUACAGCUAACUACCACCACUCGCCACGUGACUCACUGAACUACACUACCCACUAUAUAACCAAAUUUUCCUUCCAUUCAUUUUCAUUUUUUCACUCUCUUUUUCUCUUCCAACAACAACAACUCGCUCUUUCACUCACCAACCAGAAGGUACGUUCUCACUUUUCGUAACCGUUUCUUCCAAUGCCUUCUUCAACACUUCUAGAUCUUCACGCUAAUUCGAUUUCUUUCUUACUGAUUAUGCGUUUCAAUUCUAAAUUUUCAGUUUCGAUAAUUCUGUUGAGAUUUUAGGAACUUCUCGUUGUGUAUUUAGGGAUCUUGUUUAGUUUUUUUUUAGUUUAUGAUUUGAUUUGGAGUUACAAAUAGUGUUAUCAUUUUAUCAUGGAUCUUACGUGCAGUUUAGGUAGAUUUGAAUUUGGUGAUUGGUUGCAAUUUGGUUGGUUUGGUGUGUGUGAUGUAUCUAUUGUUUAUUGUAAUGUCUAAUGUGAUAUACUACUUGUGUAGUUUGAGCCUUGGAGGGAGUAGUUGUGGAUCUAUUUCAUUGAAGUUUUUCCUUUUUAUUUUUGAAUAUUUAGUAAUGUGAUUUUUCAUUUUCGAUCUUGUUUUUGUUGUGAUUUAGUUAGUGAAAGGUUUGGUGUUAUUUUUUUUGGCGUUAACCCUCCAGUUCCAGGGGAAGGGGCCCCGGUGAUCCAGAGUUCGUUCGUAAGUAAAGUCUAGCCAAUAAUUGUUCCCAUCAGGAAUCGAACUUGGAUAUAUCUGUUUCUAAAUCAUGGCAACCGGACAACUAUUCUCCCGUACGACACAAGCUCUGUUUUAUAACUACAAGCAACUUCCCAUCCAGCGGAUGCUUGAUUUUGACUUCCUUUGCGGAAGGGAAACACCAUCAGUUGCUGGAAUAAUUAAUCCGGGUUCUGAAGGAUUUCAAAAACUAUUUUUUGGUCAGGAGGAAAUUGCCAUCCCAGUUCAUGCUUCCAUUGAAGCAGCUAGUGCUGCACAUCCUACUGCCGAUGUCUUCAUCAAUUUUGCAUCGUUUAGGAGUGCUGCUGCGUCAUCCAUGUCUGCUUUGAAGCAGCCUACAAUUAGAGUUGUUGCUAUUAUUGCUGAAGGAGUACCUGAGUCAGACACAAAGCAAUUGAUUGCAUAUGCCCGGGCAAACAAUAAGGUUGUUAUUGGCCCAGCCACUGUUGGAGGCAUUCAAGCCGGGGCUUUUAAAAUUGGUGACACAGCUGGAACAAUUGACAAUAUAAUCCACUGCAAGCUCUACAGGCCUGGAUCUGUUGGAUUUGUUUCUAAAUCUGGUGGGAUGUCCAACGAAUUAUACAACUCCAUUGCCCGUGUAACUGAUGGCAUUUAUGAAGGCAUUGCUAUUGGAGGGGAUGUUUUCCCAGGUUCCACUCUAUCUGACCACGUGUUACGGUUUAACAACAUACCACAGGUUAAAAUGAUAGUAGUACUUGGAGAGCUUGGUGGGCGUGAUGAAUAUUCCUUAGUGGAAGCGCUAAAACAAGGGAAAGUGACCAAACCUGUUGUUGCCUGGGUUAGUGGAACCUGUGCAACACUCUUCAAAUCGGAAGUACAAUUUGGCCAUGCUGGAGCUAAAAGUGGUGGUGACUUGGAGUCUGCUCAAGGGAAGAAUCAGGCACUAAGAGAAGCUGGAGCUGUUGUUCCUACUUCGUACGAAGCUUUUGAAACUUCGAUUAAAGAAACAUUUGACAAAUUGAUUGAAGCAGGGAAAAUACCACCAGUGAAGGAAUUCACUCCUCCACAAAUCCCUGAGGACCUUAGCUUUGCAAUCAAGAGUGGGAAAGUCCGUGCUCCAACUCAUAUCAUUUCCACCAUUUCUGAUGAUAGAGGUGAGGAGCCAUGCUAUGCUGGUGUACCCAUGUCUUCCAUUAUUGAAAAGGGUUUCGGUGUUGGUGAUGUUAUCUCUCUUUUGUGGUUUAAGCGAAGCCUACCCCGUUACUGUACUCAAUUUAUCGAGAUAUGCAUCAUGUUAUGUGCCGAUCACGGUCCUUGUGUCUCUGGUGCUCACAAUACUAUUGUAACAGCAAGGGCUGGGAAGGACCUAGUUUCCAGUCUUGUAUCAGGUUUGCUUACAAUCGGUCCACGAUUUGGGGGUGCCAUUGAUGAUGCUGCUCGCUACUUCAAGGAUGCUCAUGAUAGGGGGCUUACACCUUACGAGUUUGUUGAAGGUAUGAAAAAGAAGGGAAUUCGUGUGGCAGGAAUAGGGCACAGGAUCAAGAAUAGGGACAACAAAGAUAAAAGAGUCGAGCUAUUGCAGAAGUUUGCACGCACACAUUUUCCUUCAGUGAAAUACAUGGAAUAUGCUGUUCAAGUUGAAACCUACACUCUCACCAAGGCAAAUAAUUUAGUUCUUAAUGUAGAUGGGGCAAUUGGAUCACUUUUCUUAGAUCUUCUUGCUGGUAGCGGAAUGUUCACCAAGCAAGAGAUUGACGAAAUUGUUGAGAUUGGAUAUUUGAAUGGGCUUUUUGUGCUGGCCCGCUCCAUUGGUCUGAUCGGGCAUACCUUUGACCAGAAGAGAUUGAAGCAACCACUAUACCGCCACCCAUGGGAGGAUGUACUCUACACAAAGUGAGAGGGUUUUCUAUGGCUGGAAGAAUGUUGCAAUGUUACAAACUAGCGAGCGAUCUUUUGGAAAAUCAUGCCUUUGAAAUAUGCUAGAAUGAAUUUUUUAGCUGUUAAAUUAGUGUUGUAAGAUGUUGAAAAGUCACAUUUCAUUCGUAAUUUGUAUUAAAUUUCGAAAGAAAUAACUCGGCCAAUUUUAAAAUUAAUUCUUGUGAUAAAUAUUCUGAUCUCUGUUCUGUUGUGGCUUUGAGAGUAAUGAUAUAAUAAUAAAGAAGUUGUUAUUGUA